AUGAUAAAACUUGACAAGAAACAUUUAACCCUGGGAGAACCAAACGAGAAGGAUACCGUGAGUGAGUCUUCUGAUAACCAGAAGAAAUACCUCAUAAUAGAUUGUUCUGGAUUUGCCUACGUGGACAUCAUGGGAGUGAAUAUCCUCAAAGAGAUCCACGAAGACUUGCGUAAAAAGAACAUCUGUGUGUCCUUUGCUGCUGCCAAAGCUCCGGUACGUGAGCUGUUCGAAGCUAGCGGUCUUUAUGCAGCAGUGGCCAAGAGCAACUUCUAUCCUACAAUCUACGAUGCAAUAGCAUACGCUCAAAUGGAGAGCGGUCUUUAUGCAGCAGUAGCCAAGAGCAACUUCUAUCCUACAAUCUACGAUGCAAUAGCAUACGCUCAAAUGGAGAGAGGUGUCGCAACCCCGGACCAUAUGGCAUCACACAAUAGUUUCGUUAAUCACGUGGACACGACAGAUGAAGCCGUGCAAUGUCCCGAGGUGUCUACAGAAGAACGCCAUUCGGUUCUAGGACGACAGAAGCGGGGUAGAUUCUGGUUAAGGGCCAUCGAUUGA